GUUUAAAUCUCGCUUAAAUCAAAAUAAUGUUGGUGCAAGCUAAUAGUUAAUAAUUUUUAGAUUUACAAAUCGUUAGCGUUAUUAGCACACUGAAGAUGAUGCAAUUACUGAUAAAAACAUUUAUAUUUAUUUGUUUUGCAAUAUUUCAAUAAACAUCAAAAGUCAGCUUGGCUCAUUUUUAAUCCUUUUUUUAACUCUUUUUUACUUAUUUUUUAAAAUAUUUAUCCAUUUGAGCAAAAAUUGAAGUUCACAUUUUGUUUGAUUAGUCUUGAAUUUAUUUAAAAAAUUAUUUUUAACGUAUUAAUCUGUCAAACAAUUGAUGUGAAAUCGCUGAAAGUCGCUCGAGCAAGUUCUCCAUGAUGUAUAGCAAACCUGACGCGACAAAUUGAGCUAUUAUGGUUUGCCAUUACAUUUCAUUAUCUUCAGACAAUUGUAUUUUAAUUUUCCGUGAUUGCUCGAGAUCGCCAUGAGGCGAUUUAAGAGAUUAUAGCCAUACAUUUUUAAAGCAAAUGUCUUGCGAUCGCAUCGGUGACAUCGGAAGCGUAAUGCACGAAAAUACGCGAGAUCAGUCUAUCUCUUAUCCUCAACAGUCCUUUUCUCCGGCAAUUGUCAAAGUGGUCGUUACACAUUUAUGUACACUUCGUGUAAUUGUCUUCGAUAAUUACAGUCGAGGCAGUCGUUCUGUGCAAGCAACACUUUACUCGCUGCCUCCAUGAGAUCAAGCAGUCCUCGUGGAAAGUUUUUAUGGCGGUAACAUGGCGUUUAGCUAGCCAUGUUUAGCUAGCCAUGUUUAGCUAGCCACCAAGAUUUCAACAUCAGUGCUCGCAGCGCGAAGACACGUGACUUACGGCUGGUUGCACUUAAUCAGGAAGGGUCCAGCUUCUUUUUCGGGAGAGACGUGAUAAAACUGCGAAUCUCUACGUCGAUUGAACGGACGGACGGACGGACGAUCUCUACGUGGUUGUGGCUGUAACGAUUGUCGGAAUCGGCCAAUUAAUCGGGAAGCACAGAAAGAGAGAGAGAAAGAGAGAGAAGAUGAUACCUACCAGCACCAUCGACCGUACGAUGGAAUUCACUUUGCGGCUGAUUGGCGUUUGGCCGGAUUCCUCGUGCAGAUUCCUGCCACGCGUCGUUUGGACGAUGACGAUGAUCAUCUCGCAAUUCUUACAGUACUGGUAUCUUUUUACUCACAUCGGUUCCGACACUCUGCCGGAUCUCCUGGACUCUCUGAGUCUGUGCUUGUCAAACAGCCUGCUGUUUCUGAAAUUGAGUCUUCUUUGGUUCAACGGGCGUAUCAUUUACAACCUUUUUGCGACGAUGGCAGAAGACUGGAAUGAGUGUGCGUCCACUCGUUUGAAGAUGCAGUCGAUGAUAAAUAAAGCGAUUUUGUCCCGUCGAUUUUCAAGAUUCAGUAUUGGUGCGUAUUCGUGCUCGAUAUUUUUAUUUGGGGUAGGUAACAUGGUCAUUCAAAAGAGCACCGAUUCCGAGCAACUUGUCGAAGAAAGGCAGCUUAUUGUUAAAAUGGAACUGCCGCCCGAGUGCAGCAUAUCACCACUUUACGAAAUAGUCUCAGUCACACAAUUUCUUGUGCAAUCCACAUUGGCACUCGUAGCGGGAAUGCUGAAUGCUUUCAUAGUGACGUUAAUACUUCACGUUGCCGGUCAGAUUGACAUUAUAUGUCACGAAUUGUUGGAAAUUCCUAUAGCUGAGGAUAAAUGCGACAUGCGUAUAGUUGCAUUGAGAUCCAUCGUGAAUAGACAUCAAAGGAUUAUUGCCUUCGCAGACAGUAUCGAGAAUGUGUUUUGCUACAUGUCGUUGAUGCAAUUUUUUUCAAAUAUGUUCGUUAUUUGCUUCCUCGGAUUCAUAAUCGUGACCUCGCUCAAUUCCCCUGAUGUGGAUCUCCUGUUGAUGAGGAUUAUGCCUUAUUACAUCGUCAUGAACUUAGAAGCGUUUGUACUUUGUUACAGCGGCGAAUAUCUCAAUUCUAAGAGCAAGUCUAUAAAUGAGGCGGCAUAUAAUUCGUUUUGGUAUGAAUUAAAGUCUACUGAAAGUAAAAUCAUAUUUUUCUUAAUAAUGAAAUCCCAAAAGGAAUUGACAAUGACAAUUGGAAAAUUUAUGAAUUUAUCCUUGGAAGGUUUCACAAGUAUACUGCAGGCUUCUGCGUCUUACGUAUCGGUAUUACAUGCAAUGUAUUGAAACACAACACUGUAAAAAUUUUUUAUAGAUAUGAUUGCUUUAAUUAAGCCAUUGCGAUGCAAUGACUUCAAUUGCAAUUAUUUUAAUAUAGAGAAAAUUGUAUAAAUAAAUG